AUGAGUGGAGUGGUUGCACUUGCACUGCUCAAUGGACCAGGUUUUCGCCUCAGGGCAUGUGGAUCUGUUAGUUCACCUCCUGCAAGCAAGUAUAGCUACAAGGUUCACCACCACUGCAGAAUUAUGAAUCCUUACUUUGUUGGGAUUCUUGUCCCCAUCGCGGUCUCCCUGCUGCUCCGCAAGAGGAGAAAGGCCGAAAGGAAGAGGGGAGUGCCAGUCGAGGUUGGUGGGGAGCCUGGAUAUGCAGUCCGUAACUAUCGAUUUGAGCAGCCUGUUGAGACACACUGGGAGGGGGUGUCCACACUUGCAGAGCUGUUUGAGCAAUCUUGCAAAGAGUAUGUCUACAUGCCACUCCUUGGCACCAGGAAGCUCAUUUCAAGGGAAACUGAAGCAGCACCUGGCGGGAGAUCAUUUGAGAAGUUGCAUCUGGGCGAGUACGAGUGGAAGUGUUAUGCAGAGUGCUUCAAGAGCGUUUGCAGCUUCUCAUCUGGACUAAUUCGAGUAGGUCACCAGAAGAAUGAACGUGUUGCUAUUUUUGCUGAGACACGGGCCGAGUGGCAGAUUGCGUUGCAGGCAUGCUUCAGACAAAACAUUACAGUUGUCACCAUCUAUGCCUCAUUGGGUGAGGAAGCAUUGUGUCACUCACUAAAUGAGACUGAGGUCACUACUGUAGUUUGUGGUCAGAAAGAACUAAAAAAGUUGAUUGAUAUAAGUGGGCAACUUGAUACUGUCAAGCGUGUUGUCUAUAUCAAUGAGGAAGGCAUCUCAGCUGAAGUUUCUUCAGCUCAAAACUGCACUAGCUGGAUAGUUGAGUCAUUUGAGGGAGUAAUUAGGUUAGGAGCUGAAGCACCUGUUGAAGCAAACAUGCCUCUCCCUUCCGAUGUUGCGGUGAUAAUGUACACAAGUGGUAGCACCGGAUUGCCCAAGGGAGUUAUGAUGACCCACCGCAACGUCCUGGCUACACUCUCAGCAGUUAUGACCAUUGUGCCUGUACUUGGCAGUAAAGAUAUAUACUUGGCCUACCUCCCACUUGCACACAUUCUUGAGUUGGCAGCAGAGGCACUAAUGGCUGCUGUUGGGGCCUCGAUAGGAUAUGGAUCACCUUUGACCCUGACUGAUACAUCCAGUAAAAUAAAAAAGGGAACUCUAGGUGAUGCUUCUGCACUAAAGCCAACAUUGAUGACUGCUGUACCUGCUAUACUUGACCGUGUCCGUGAUGGUGUGAGGAAAAAGGUGGAUACAAAGGGUGGUAUAGCAAAGCAAUUGUUUGACGUUGCCUAUAACCGUCGGCUGGCUGCAAUCAAUGGAAGUUGGCUUGGUGCCUGGGGAUUGGAGAAACUCUUGUGGGAUAUGCUUGUGUUUGGAAAGGUGCGUGCUAUUUUGGGAGGAAAGAUUCGGUUUGUACUUUCUGGUGGAGCACCUCUAUCUGGAGAUACUCAGAGAUUUAUCAAUAUAUGCCUUGGGGCUCCAAUAGGGCAAGGUUAUGGUCUGACUGAAACUUGUGCUGGAGGGACAUUUUCUGAGUAUGAUGACACAUCUGUUGGUCGUGUUGGUGCUCCACUAGCUUGUUCGUAUAUUAAGUUGAUCGACUGGCCUGAGGGUGGAUACUUGACUACUGAUUUACCAAUGCCUCGGGGAGAAAUAGUCAUUGGGGGUCCGAAUGUAACUAAAGGCUAUUUCAAGAAUGAAGCUAAAACAAAUGAAGUGUACAAGGAUGACGAAAAAGGUAUGCGAUGGUUCUAUUCUGGUGACAUUGGACGAUUCCAUCCAGAUGGCUGCCUUGAAAUCAUUGACCGUAAGAAAGAUAUUGUGAAGCUUCAGCAUGGCGAAUAUGUAUCCCUCGGGAAGGUAGAGGCUGCUUUGAUUGUGAGCCCAUAUGUGGAGAACAUUAUGAUCCAUGCUGAUCCUUUCCACAAUUACUGUGUUGUGCUUGUGGUAGCUGCACACAUUGAGCUGGAAAGCUGGGCUUCACAGCAAGGAAUUAAAUACAGUGAUUUCUCAGAUUUGUGCCAGAAGCCAGAGACUGUUAAAGAAGUGCUUGGAUCUUUAUCGAAGGCCGCAAAGCAAGCGCGACUUGAGAAAUUUGAGAUACCAGCCAAAAUCAAGUUGAUACCAGAGCCAUGGACCCCCGAGUCGGGACUCGUCACUGCUGCCCUCAAGCUCAAGAGGGAGGUGAUCAGGAAGACGUAUGAGAAUGAUCUGGCUCAGCUGUACGCAUGA